CCUCAUCGUGCCUUUCCCCUGCCUCAUCUCACCUCCAUUGUUGUACUCUUCUGUCGCUCUUAUGUUUGCUCGGGUUUUCAAACCCCCAAUCGCCCCUUGAUCCACCAUGGCCGCCAUGGAGGAGUUGGAGAUCCACAGCAAGUCCUACUUCGUUCGCUGGGUUCAUGUCCAAUCCGAUCAUACCAUCUCCUGGAGUAUCCAACCCCACAAAAAAUCCAUCAAUUUCGGCAUCUUCAAGCAUCCCGGCGGCUCCGGCGUCUUGAGUUCCUCCUCCAGCCUCCCCACCGACAACACCGUCAACGUCUCCAAUGAGAACCUCCCUGCUACCUCCGCCCGGGGGAAUCUGCCGGCCGGCGCCUCAGUCGUCGACAAGUUGACUGGGAUGGGCCUGCGCACGAUCCACUGGGUCGGCAAAUGCGAGGCUGAUAAGAUCGUCAAGGGGACGUAUGCCGUGCCCCCCCAUGAGGGGGGGAACUACGCCCUCGUCUUCGACAACACCUUCUCCAAACAGAUCUCCAAGACCGUCACCCUCGUGCUUUUGACCUACCCCAGCGCCCUGCCCCCGCAGGCCGUCCCCGUGCCCCAUGCCGCCGCCGCUCGGGGUGCCGGUCCCGACCGCGGGGACCCCGCCGCCGUCGAUGGCCGCCCCCCGACCACCCGCCGCCGCGGCAACAGCGUCGCCCACGUCCUUCCUCAGCCUGGAGCCGCCGCUCACGACGGCUCAAACGCUCACACGGGCAUCUUGCACAAGCGUCGCCGCAAGCGUCACCAGGGCUGGGCCCGUCGUUUCUUCGCCCUGGACUUUGCGACCGCCACGCUGUCCUACUACCACGAUCGCAACGCCUCCGCCCUGCGCGGGUCCAUACCCCUGUCUCUGGCUGCCGUCGCCUGCAACGAAAACUCCCGCGAGAUCUCCAUCGACUCGGGCACCGAGAUAUGGCACCUGCGCGCCCACAGCGAUGAGGAUUUCGUCGCCUGGAAGCGCGCCCUGGAGAAAGGCGCGUCCACCAAGACCGCCGCCGCCGCCGCCACCGAGGAGUUCUCUCACCAACCCCACGCCCCGUCCGAGCCAUUGCUGCGUGUCCCGUCCAUGCCCCACGCUCCGACCCCGUCCACGGCGGCCGAGGAGCGCGAGUGGUCCCAGGUCGAGAACCUCGUCCGUCGCGUGCGUGGGUCCCGCGACGCCGUGCGCCGCCUGGCCCAGGAGACCGACCCCAAGUACUUGACCGUCCCUGGUGCCGCCCCGGAGCGCCCACGCGGUCGCUCCCCGAGCCCGCACCCCGUGACGCCGCCUGAAGGUGCCGGCGACGAGUCGGCGGAGACGCGGGACCGUCGUCCGUUCUGGAAGCGGCGCACCCAGGGACCGCCCGGCGCGGGCCCUCCCUCCACCGCUACCAACCCCACACCCCCAAGCGGGCGGCGGACUCCCGUCGCCUCCUCCUCCUCCUCCUCCGCCGCCGCCGCCGCCUCGUCCACCCAGCUGGCCCCGCCGGACGCUGGCCCCGCGGAGGGCUCCGACGAGGUCCACCGCCACCUGAUGAGCCUGCUACGGGACCUCGACGCGGUCGUCCACGACUUCUCUGGCCUGUUGACCGCCAGCCAGCAGCGUCGCCGCCAGCUGCCUACCUUGCACACCCAGCCACGGGCCAGCAUGGAGUCGGAGGACGAGUUCUUUGACGCCGUCGACGACGGAGACCGUUCGCCGCUGCUGACCAUCCACGGCGACAGCGACGACGAGGAGGCACCCGCCGCGGGGUCGGCCGCUGCUGCUGCUGCCGCUGCCGCCGCCGAGGCCGAGGACGACGUGGUGGACGACGACGUGCCAUCGGACAGCGAGGGGGACGACGAGCCGGACGCACCCCCCGGCGGCGACGGCCGCGCCACCUCCCUGUUCCCCCCGAAGCCCAAGUCGCUCACGCCGCUGCCGCUCCGUCCCGUGUCGCGGCGCGCCAACAUCACGGCGCCCACGGUCAUGCCGCCCAGCCUGAUCGGCUUCCUGCGCAAGAACGUCGGCAAGGACCUGUCCCAGAUCUCGAUGCCCGUGUCGGCCAACGAGCCGCUCUCCCUUCUGCAGCGCGCCGCCGAGGUCCUCGAGUACCCAGCGCUGCUGGACCAGGCUGCCGCGGCCACAGACCCCGUGCAGCGGCUGCUGCUCGUGACGGCGUUCGCGCUCGCCCCGCUCUCCAGCAACCGCGUGCGCGAGCGCGCCAUCCGCAAGCCCUUCAACCCCCUACUGGGCGAGACCUACGAGCUCGUACGCGAAGACCUCGGUUUCCGCUUCAUCGCCGAAAAGGUAUCGCACCGCCCCGUGCAGCUCGCCUACCAAGCCGACUCGCGCGACUGGAGUCUAGCCCAGGCGCCCGUCCCGACGCAAAAGUUCUGGGGCAAAUCCGCCGAGAUCAUCACCGAGGGCAAAGUCCGCCUGACGCUGCACGCAACCGGCGAGCGCUUCUCCUGGUCCCAGGCGACCUCCUUCCUGCGCAACAUCAUCGCCGGCGAGAAGUACGUCGAGCCCGUCGGCGAGAUGACCGUCCUCAACGAAUCCACCGGCCACAAGGCCAUCUCCACCUUCAAAGCAGGCGGCAUGUUCUCCGGCCGCAGCGAAGAAGUCACCACCAAGGUCGUCGACCCCAACGGCCGCGACCUGCCCCUCGGCCUAGCAGGCACGUGGACCACCUCCCUGCAGCUGACCCAAGGCGGAACUCCCACCGGAGGCAACCCGCUCUGGACAGCCGGCCCGCUCGUCUCCCAGGCGCCCAAGCACUACGGUUUGACCCGCUUCGCAGCCGUGCUCAACGAGGUCACGCCCAUCGAAGACGGCCACGUCCCUGUUACAGAUUCGCGCAUGCGACCCGACCAGCGCGCCCUCGAAGACGGCGACGUCGACCGCGCGGAGACCGUCAAGGUCCGUCUGGAAGAAGGCCAGCGCGCUCGCCGUCGCGAUAUGGAAGCUGCGGGUGAGUCGUGGACGCCGCGCUGGUUCGCCAAGGUCGCGGACGAUAAUGCUGCUGACGGCGAGGCGCACUGGCGGUUGAAGGCUGGGAAGGAUGGGUAUUGGGAGGAGAGGGCCAGGGGGAGUUGGUCCGGGGUGGUGCCGGUGUUUGAGUAG